UACCCUUCACUCUUUCGGGCUUUCUAGAUGCCUUUCUUUAUCACCCUUCUUUAUUUUAUUUUAUUUCUAGAAUACAUCGACUAAUAAACCUAAAUACCCUGUUGAUAAAUAAAAGUCCAAAUCAAAAUAUUUUCGUUAUAUACACUCCAAACAAAAAUAGAAACUAAUAAUUCCCCCACACCCUUCUUUGUUUUUCCCCUACUCAAUUUCAUCCAAAGCACAUCAUAGUGAAAAAAUCACCCACACACAUAUACAUACACAACAAUUGCCCCUCCCACUCUCUUUAAAACAAUUAAUUCCGCCAAUUUAACUGUCUCGUUGUUUUUUUUUUAUUGGUAUUUAUUUUUGUUCCUCCAACCAUGGAAGAUGAAUAUGUUCAUAUAAUGAAAGACUCAAAUGAUGACGUGGAGUCGGAAUUAGAAGACGAAGAAGAGGCACUUUCGCUAUGUGACCUUCCACUAAACGAAAAUUCAGAAAGCUUAGACGACAAGUCGUUUAAUAGAAAUAAUAUUCUUCAACCAUCGUCGUUAUCGGAAUCGAGCGAAUUCUUCAACGGUUUCAGCAGUUGCAGUAGCUCCGAUAUGUGUCCGGCGGACGACAUCAUUUUCUGCGGCAAACUCGUACCAUUCAAAGACAAUUUAGAAAGUUCAUUUAAAGAUCAACGCCGCGAAAAUCUCAACGUUGAAGUGAACAAAUCACACACGCAUCGCCGGCGAUCGGAAUCUGUUUCUUCCGUGAUUCGAUCAAACAGUGUCAGCAAUUGCGGUGGUUCUAGCCGCAUCAUGAUGAAGAACAGUCGGUCUCUUAAUUAUUGUAGGUUGAGAGAUUCUUCAAAUUUUGUGAUCUCGAAGGCGCCGGAAGUUGAACGGAAUUCUUCUGUAAGGAGCGUUGCUUCGUCGGAAGGUGUGGCAAAGAAGGCAAUGAAGCCGCGAUGGUAUUCUCUUGUGUUUGGGAAAAUGAAGGUUCCGCCGGAGAUGGAACUCAACGAUAUUAAGAACCGGCAAAUUCGGCGGAAUCCGUCGACCAGCAUGUUUCCGGCAUCGGAUUCCGGUGGAAAUUUGGCCGUGAAUCGGAGCUCCGGCAAAGUAUCGUGGAGAAUUUUAAAAGCGCUGAGUUGCAAGGAUCACAAUAGCAUCGCCGUAACGACGUCGUUUCCUUUGCCUCAAACAUCGUCUUAACUUGAAGGUGGUCAAUGUUUAGCAGAAAUCACCUGAGAUGCUUAGUGCAUUGCAGACAACAUAUCUAAACAAGAUGAAACAAUCUAAAUUUUAAGUUCAAAUGUUACUUUAAUAUUUGAACAUCUUUUUUUAGUUAAUAUGUUAGAUGUGUUUAAUUGCAUUGCGGUUGGAGAAGUCAAUCUGAGUUCCACUAAUAAAAACAUGGUAAAUUUUUUUAUUAUUUUGGUGAGAUGUCCUUGUGAUUUUAUUAGAUAAUACUUUAUUUAAAUUGAAAUAUAAAUAAAAAUACUUCCUAAA